AUGCUCCACCGCGCCCUCCCUCGCGCCUGCACCGCCCGUCCCGUCCCGCCGCGAACAGGCCGAGGCUUCGCCCGGGCGUCCCUCCGAGACCCUGGCGUCCCGUCCGCCCCUCGCAUCCUCCAGCAACGCCCCUUCACCGCGCGUCCGUCCGCCUGCUCCGCCUCCUCGUCCUCGUCCGUCCCAGACCCCCCCGCUCCGCCCGUCUCCGAAGCCUCGAUCUCCGCCAAACUCGCACGCAAGUUCCCCGAGGCUAGGGUCCGUGUCGAAGACGUCUCCGGCGGGUGUGGGUCGUUCUUCGUCGUCGAGGUCGUCGAGAAAUCCUUCGAAGGAGUGUCGAUGCUUAAGCAGCACCAGAUCAUUAACCGCACCCUGGCCGACGAUAUCCCGAGGAUCCAUGGCCUUCAGAUUCACACAAGCGUCCCCUCCCAACAACCAUCAUCAUCCUCGUAA